AUGCCUGGUCACCCGCGUCUGCCGCCUUUCACAGCCUGUCGCGGUGUGACUCUGCUGUGCCCACCAUCACACUUGCUCCCGGAGCUGUCUCCGGCCAAACCGUGCUGUGCUCUUCUCAAGCAGCGGACUACAAACCGGUCACUGGCCGGCCCGUACCCCGGAGCAGCCAGCCAGCUAUGCGGCUACUGUUCGUGGCUUUCCUGCUCCUUCCCAAUAACUGACGCUUUAUCCAGGCAGUAUGUGACUUCUGCAGACUUGGUGGACAGCACGGUUGUCCACGUGCGGUCCCAAGCGGGGGCCGCCGCCCCAGAAAAUAAAUCGUUGUUUUGUCCAUUCAUUGUCCUCAUACACAACACUCACCACUGUGCACUGUCUUCACGGUGCCGUGAAAGGCGCACUCUGAUUCGCCCACGCACCAGCACUGCUGUGGGGCGUCUUCUGCGAGGCGUUCAGGUGCGCUCCGACUAA